AUGAGAAGAUCCUACAAGAGAAAGUGCAGACGAUCCCCUGUGUUAAAAGGAGAUGCUUACAGGUCACCUAAUGCGGCCCGAGACCCAUGUGGGGUGAGAGCCGCUGGUACGGCACCAGGGCACCGAGACUUGAGAGCUAUCAAUUCAGCUGAUAAGAAAGUCACCUUCGCGGACAGGGACAUCAAUUUAGCGAUGAAGGUUGAAUAG